GAAAACACAAUGGCAGGAAACAGCCUAGUUCUACCCAUUGUUCUUUGGGGUCGCAAAGCACCAACACAUUGUAUUUCAGCAGUGCUGUUAACAGAUGACGGGGCUACCAUUGUAACAGGGUGCCACGAUGGGCAGAUAUGUCUCUGGGACCUUUCAGUAGAAUUGGAAGUUAAUCCCCGAGCGCUGUUGUUUGGUCACACGGCUUCAAUCACUUGUUUGUCUAAAGCUUGUGCCUCCAGUGACAAACAGUAUAUUGUGAGUGCAUCCGAAAGUGGAGAGAUGUGCCUGUGGGAUGUAAAUGAUGGCAGAUGUAUUGAAUUUACAAAGUUAGCCUGCACACAUACUGGUAUACAGUACUACCAGUUCUCUGUUGGAAAUCAGCGAGAAGGGAGGCUCUUAUGCCAUGGACAUUACCCUGAAAUCCUCGUUGUGGACGCCACCAGCCUGGAGGUGUUAUACUCCUUAGUAUCAAAGAUAUCACCAGACUGGAUUAGCUCCAUGAGUAUUAUUCGAUCUCAUCGAACACAAGAGGAUACUGUGGUCGCACUGUCAGUGACGGGCAUUUUGAAGGUGUGGAUCGUUACCUCUGAAAUAAGUGGUUUGCAGGAUACUGAGCCAAUAUUUGAAGAGGAAUCCAAACCAAUCUACUGUCAGAAUUGCCAAAGCAUCUCUUUUUGUGCAUUCACACAGAGAUCUCUUUUGGUUGUGUGCUCCAAAUACUGGAGGGUAUUUGAUGCUGGAGACUAUUCCCUAUUGUGUUCAGGUCCUAGUGAAAACGGACAGACAUGGACUGGAGGUGACUUUGUGUCAGCAGAUAAAGUAAUCAUUUGGACUGAGAAUGGUCAAAGUUAUAUUUAUAAACUACCUGCCAGCUGCCUUCCAGCUAGUGAUUCAUUCCGUAGUGAUGUGGGAAAAGCAGUUGAAAACUUAAUUCCUCCUGUACAACACAGCCUCCUGGAUCGAACAGAUAAAGAGUUGCUAAUUUGUCCUCCUGUUACCCGGUUCUUCUAUGGAUGCAAGGACUACUUCUAUAAACUGUUAAUUCAGGGUGAUUCUUCUGGAAGACUGAGUAUUUGGAACAUAUCAGAAACACUUGAGGCAAAAGAGGGUGAAGAAGGGCUGAAGAUGACAACUUCUGUUAGUUUGCAAGAGGCGUUUGAUAAACUGAAUCCUCGUCCUGCUGGAAUCAUAGAUCAGCUAAGUGUGAUUCCCAGUAGUAAUGAACCUCUUAAGGUAACUGCGAGUGUGUACAUACCAGCACAUGGACGACUCGUUUGUGGUCGUGAAGACGGAAGCAUAAUUAUUGUACCUGCCACACAGACGGCCAUAGUCCAGCUGCUCCAAGGGGAACACAUGCUCAGAAGAGGUUGGCCACCUCACAGAACGCUCCGAGGUCAUCGGAACAAAGUCACAUGUUUGCUAUAUCCUCAUCAGGUCUCAGCACGUUAUGAUCAAAGAUCCCUCUUCUCUGGUGGUGUGGACUUUUCUGUCAUCAUCUGGGACAUAUUUUCGGGAGAAAUGAAACAUAUCUUCUGUGUGCAUGGUGGUGAGAUUACUCAACUUCUAGUUCCACCUGAAAACUGUAGUGCGAGAGUGCAGCACUGCAUCUGCUCUGUAGCCAGUGACCACUCGGUGGGACUUCUCAGUUUGCGCGAGAAGAAGUGCAUUAUGCUGGCAUCUCGUCACCUUUUCCCCAUCCAAGUCAUCAAGUGGAGGCCUUCUGAUGACUACCUGGUGGUGGGAUGUUCCGACGGCUCUGUGUACGUCUGGCAAAUGGAUACCGGUGCACUGGAUCGUUGUGUGAUGGGGAUAACAGCGGUGGAAAUUCUGAAUGCUUGUGAUGAAGCAGUUCCUGCUGCGGUUGAUUCACUUAGUCAUCCAGCAGUCAACCUAAAACAAGCUAUGACAAGACGUAGUCUUGCUGCUCUUAAAAAUAUGGCCCAUCACAAACUACAAACCCUUGCAACUAACCUCUUGGCUUCUGAGGCAUCUGACAAAGGGAAUUUACCUAAAUAUUCUCACAAUUCCCUGAUGGUUCAAGCAAUAAAGACAAACCUAACAGACCCUGACGUCCAUGUGCUCUUCUUUGACGUGGAAGCACUGAUUAUCCAACUCCUGACUGAGGAAGCCUCUAGGCCGAAUACUGCGCUUAUUUCCCCAGAGAAUUUGCAAAAAGCAUCUGGCAGUUCCGACAAAGGGGGCUCCUUUCUCACCGGGAAACGCGCAGCCGUCCUCUUCCAACAAGUGAAAGAAACUAUCAAAGAGAACAUAAAGGAACAUCUCCUGGAUGAUGAAGAGGACGACGAAGAGUUAAUGAGGCAGAGAAGAGAAGACAGUGAUCCUGAAUAUCGGGCCAGCAAAUCGAAGCCAUUGACCCUAUUAGAAUAUAACUUAACUAUGGACACUGCCAAACUGUUCAUGUCCUGCCUUCACGCCUGGGGUCUGAAUGAAGUUCUGGAUGAAAUCUGUCUGGACCGCCUUGGGAUGCUGAAGCCCCAUUGCACAGUAUCCUUUGGGCUCUUAUCAAGAGGAGGGCACAUGUCAUUGAUGCUUCCUGGUUAUAAUCAGGCCGCCGGGACACUAUCACGUGGGAAAGCUGAAGGAGGAAGGACGCCUCUAGCCACUGAAGGAGUAGGGAAGGGAACUUACGGAGUGUCCAGAGCGGUCACCACACAGCAUCUCCUGUCUAUCAUAUCUUUGGCAAAUACCUUGAUGAGCAUGACCAAUGCCACUUUUAUUGGUGAUCACAUGAAGAAGGGGCCUACGAGGCCACCUAGACCAAGCACCCCAGACCUUUCUAAGGCAAGGGGUUCUCCUCCAGCUUCCAGUAAUAUUGUGCAAGGACAGAUUAAACAAGUCGCUGCACCUGUCGUUUCCGCUCGGUCUGAUGCUGGCCACUCGGGCUCUGACCCUGCUUCUGCUCCUGCUUUACAUACCUGUUUCUUAGUAAAUGAAGGGUGGAGUCAGUUGGCUGCUAUGCACUGUGUCAUGCUGCCGGACCUGCUGGGGUUGGACAGAUUCAGGCCCCCACUUCUCGAGAUGCUGGCCAGAAGGUGGCAGGAUCGCUGCUUGGAGGUCAGAGAAGCUGCCCAGGCCCUUCUGCUAGCGGAACUGAGAAGAAUUGAGCAGGCGGGACGAAAGGAAACCAUCGACGCCUGGGCUCCUUACUUACCUCAGUACAUGGACCAUGUCAUAUCACCUGGAGUUUCAGCAGAAGCCAUUCAGACUGUCACUGCUGCUCCUGACAUCUCAGGGACAGAAACCAAAAUCCAGGAGGAAGAGCAUGACCUUGUUGAUGAUGACAUCACGACUGGUUGCUUGUCAAGUGUCCCACAAAUGAAAAAAAUUUCUACAUCUUAUGAGGAAAGACGGAAGCAAGCUACUGCUAUUGUUUUACUGGGAGUGAUAGGAGCUGAAUUUGGUGCUGAAAUUGAACCUCCCAAACUGUUGACCAGACCUCGAAGCUCUAGUCAAAUUCCUGAAGGAUUUGGAUUGACUAGUGGUGGAUCCAACUACUCAUUGGCCAGACAUACUUGCAAGGCAUUGACAUUUCUUCUGCUACAGCCCCCGAGCCCCAAACUUCCUCCACACAGCACUAUCCGCAGAACAGCUAUUGAUCUGAUUGGACGAGGCUUCACCGUCUGGGAGCCUUAUAUGGAUGUGUCUGCUGUUCUGAUGGGGCUGCUCGAACUUUGUGCUGACGCUGAGAAGCAGCUUGCCAACAUCACAAUGGGGCUGCCUCUGAGCCCUGCAGCUGACUCCGCGCGUUCUGCAAGGCAUGCCCUCUCACUCAUCGCCACUGCCAGACCACCCGCCUUCAUCACAACCAUAGCCAAAGAGGUGCACAGACAUACUGCACUAGCAGCAAACACCCAAUCACAGCAGAAUGUCCACACCACGACUCUUGCACGAGCCAAAGGGGAAAUUCUGAGAGUCAUUGAAAUUCUCAUUGAGAAGAUGCCUACAGAUGUUGUGGAUCUUCUUGUGGAGGUCAUGGACAUCAUUAUGUACUGCCUUGAAGGAUCUUUGGUUAAAAAGAAAGGUCUUCAGGAAUGUUUCCCAGCUAUUUGCAGGUUCUACAUGGUCAGCUAUUAUGACCGGAAUCACAGAAUAGCGGUAGGAGCCCGCCAUGGUUCAGUGGCCCUGUACGACAUCCGGACUGGAAAAUGUCAGACAGUGCAUGGACACCAGGGACAUGGUUCUUUCCAAACCUGGCAACAUCCGAAAAUCACACAGGAAAUUUCAAAGUUGAUUCCUCCUACCUCAGAGGCUGUGGAUCAGAAUCUCCUACGCAGCCCUCCAGCUAGCUGCGUCUUUGUAGCGUGCCCCCAGAUGAAUACCUCGCUCCUGGGGAGCAUCGGCAUGCUGAACUCGGCCCCUCAGCUGCGCUGCAUCAAAACCUACCAGGUGCCCCCGGUGCAGCCGGCCUCGCCCGGCUCCCACAAUGCCCUCCGACUGGCGCGCCUCAUCUGGACUUCCAACCGCAACGUCAUCCUGAUGGCCCACGACGGCAAGGAGCACCGCUUCGUGGUGUGA